GAUCGGCAUCAAGCAAUAUUCAAACACCGCGGCGCUCUCCCAGGAACAGGAACGCGUUGUCUUGUUGCUUUUAUUUAGCGGCGACAACACGAUCCCUGGCGAUCCUUGGCGAUCCAGAUACUCUGUAUUGGCCCAGGUAGGUCGGCCGACCGGGCUCCGCCGUGCUCAGAGGCUCCAUCCCCAUCCGUUCCCCUCACCUAGGUACUCUCAGGUCUCCCCAACCUGGGAGUUUUCCGUGGAGUGAUCUCGUCCUGCCUUGUUCCCAGCCCGCCGCCCGCAGGCCGCAUCAAACACGGACGGGCUUGCUGUGCGCAUUCCUUGAAAGGCAUGCGUGUCUCGUUGCGGGGGGGACGAGCGACCUAUUGAGGCUCGCAGUUUCUCGUCCUGGCUGUCGUGGCUUUUGUUGUGUACUCUGUGCUGUGAUGCUGUGACUUGUGUGGCCCCGGGCAGCAAAGCCGGGCAGCUCAGCAGGGGGUGCGAGGCCAAAGACGAACAGGGGGUUUCCCACCAACGGGAGCGCGCUAUUCUCACCAGUGCCCUGGCGCUCGCUGGUAGCGCCUUCUAAAGCCUCCCCACUCCCAUCCCAGGUGCCCAAGGUCCUACCUACCUGGGGCGCUGGGCUAUACACACACAGUGCCGCUGCCAGCUGCCCUGUCCGGGCAUGCCCGCCAUGCCAUGCCAUGCCAUGCCAUGGAAAUAAAAAUAAUUCUCGAGCCAACCGCCCAUUUUCUCCUCCUGAUCCCAUCCUGUCGUCUGGUUGCUGUCACUGUCACUGUCGCUGUCGUCUUUGCUUUCCCCCAUUGCACCCUGCUGCUCUCGCGGAUAUCCCAUCUGAAGCAUCGUGUGUCGUCAAUCGCUUUCGCCCACCAGUUUCGCUUUCGCUGAUUCCAUACCAUACCAUACCCGCAUCGCAUUCGCUGUCUCUCUCUCUCUCUCUCUCCCCCUUCCUCUCUCUCGAGCACACUCUACCUACUCUCUCUCUGUUUACGAGAAUCGCCUCUCUUUUGCUACAUCGCCUCGGAGUCUCAGCCCGUUUUGAACCGCCAGGUUUCUUUUUCGCAACCCUCUCCACAGCGCCGGUUCAUAGCGUGGUUUUCCUCGCGUUAUCGUGCAUCGUUACUUUGUCAUUUGUCAUCGACACAAACGAGCCCGUCAGAGUCUGACCUGACGCCUAUCUCAGUGUCCGCGGUUAUAUACACAAAGCCGUCUGGCUGUCGUCCAAUAAUCCCCCUAAUUGUCAACAAGCUUGCGACUUUGGCUCGCUCCUGAUUCUUCCGCCAACACCGCGUGUAUCAGCCGAGUUACUGUCUGAGGAGAAACACGCGGCCGCCGGCUUUUCGAGCCCCAGCUGCGACUGUUCCCGACAGCAACCUCGGUAGCCUCUCUGAGCAUUGUCUCACCUCACCUCCUACCAGCCUCGUAUUAUCCGACGCACCUUCCCGAGUACACAAAGGGACCGCAGUCCCCUGCCCUCCUCGGCUUUUAGUCCGGCGCAACCACCCAACAUCUCCCCAUACAACCCCAUCGAGACCUCCCUAUAUGCCUAGGUUUCCCACUUUUGUCAAGCGGAAGUCAACCGCUGACAGCCUUGAAAAUGUUGCCGUGACGGGCCCUUCGUUCCGGGUGCUCGAGCGUACCGAAGUCUCGGGGGGAAAGUCGUUCGACGGGGGUGUCAGAUUGACGGGCAAGCCGCACGGCGCGCAUCGGUCUACCGCGUCUGAAGUCACGGUUGACGACAACAUAUUCGCUGACCUCAAGCCCAACCGCGGAAGCGGAUCUUCCAACACGACCAAAACGAACUCCACCGAUAACUCGUCCCGUCACAGCAAUGCCUCCACUGCCCCUUCGUCUGCCGACAUGGGCGGACAGGAAGACUGGAGAAACAACAAAAAGCUGCACGCCGAUAUCCCAGUGCCUCCCAUUCCAAAAUCAUCCUCGGCCAACUUUCUCAAGGCCGCCGGUCGCACAUUUUCAUUUGGCGGGCAAAAGAAGCAACUACCCCCAGCACCAGAGAUGCAGGAGGACAGGCCAUCCAGCCCGGUCGCUUCCGAUGUCCCGACAGCUCAGACGCCGGUAAAUGGCCGAUCGAGAGCGACCACCACUUCAACUUCCACUACUGUUACAUCACCAAGGAUCGACGACGACGACUUUAGUCUUGAUUUGGGCGGCGACUUUGGCAAGAUGAUACUCGGAAGCAACAAACGCUCAAGCGUGGCCACGGUCAAAGAUGAACAAAAGGGCAGGCAGGCGCUUGCCCCCCGCUCCCUCACUGCGUCGCGAUUGAACCAGCCCUCCCCCCUUCACAUCGACAUAACUACCAAGGUCGAGGCUUCGCCAUACUCUUGGAGCAGCCAGCACUCCAACGACCAGCUAAUCGCGCCGUCUAGUCCAUCGCCCCCCAUCAAGGAGAACCUCCCUCCCCCAGUUCCUCGCCAUACCUCGCCGCUUGCCGAAAGGAAGCCCAGUGCGUCCCCAGAAGCAGGCCUUAGGAAACCGCUGCUUGCUCCAAAGACACCAACCCCCGAGGAGGCUGAUGGUGAGGAUGAGGAGGCGAGACUGUUGAGGGACUCUCUGUCCACUGUCAAUAAGUUCAUGACUGGGUCUGUCAUCUCGUCUCACGCCCCUUCCACGUCGAGAUAUCGCAGAGAUGAAGAUGACGACAGUUUGUUCGACACGACGCAUUCGUUUUCUUCAAAAUCUGCCAGCCGCUUCACAGCCAAAAACGCCAGCCCACCUUCGAGCAACAAGGUAAUGACCCCAGCCGAGUUUGAAAAGUAUCGCCAGGACAAGGAAAGACAAGACAAGGAACGACAGCAGGAAGCUGUCUCAAACAAAGACAAAGAUGACGAUGACGAGGACAACUAUGAGGAUGACGAGGACGACCUUGAAAGAGCGAAGCAGCAGACCAAGCAGCGUCGGAAGCAAGAGGCACACAUGGCGGUAUACCGGCAGCAGAUGAUGAAGGUCACUGGUGAAUCUGCCAAUCUACCUUCCUCAAGACCGAGCCUGCAAAUAUCUUUCAGCACUCCGAACCUCCCCAAUCUAGCCCUCGCCUCCGGCGCCAACCCAGCGGUUGCCCACGCUUCGGACCCUUCAGACGAAGAUGAGGAGAUUCCAUUGGCUAUUCUCGCUGCACACGGCUUCCCAAACAGAAACCGGCCGCCCACACGCCUGAGCACCAUGGCAUCGAACCCCAACUUGCGCGCCUCACAACAACCUAGCUUUCAAAGGCCAAUGUCGGUUACUGGAGAUGCCGUGGCUGGAGCCGGAGCUGGCACCCCUGGACGUCUUCCUGCCUUUGCAAGAAAUCUUCCCCAAGACCCAUUUCUUGGCGCUGGUCUGGUUCGCAACUCUGUCCGCGAGAGCUUCGCUCUCGGAGGCGGCGCUCCUGCCCCCGGAAACCCCGCAGGCGCGAUUCCUCCUGGUGGCCUGAUCAACAUCAUCGCAAACGAAGAGCGCAACCGCGCAAUGAGGCGCGGAAGCCCGCACAUCGACGGCUCGGCAUCGAUGCCGGCCAUACCCGGGGCAGGUCCUUUCGAUCCGAUGAUCGGCAUGCCGUCACAUCUCAUGUACCAGAAUCAAGCUGCUCCUCCGAUGCUGACGCCAGGUGACCAGGCACAGAUCCAGAUGACGCAGCAGAUGCGAACAUUCAUGCAGAUGCAAAUGCAGUUUAUGCAGAUAAUGGCGGGCCAAAAUGGCAGCGCUCCCACCACGCCCAAUGGCUACUUGACUACCUCACAGUCAGCCGGCAGUCUCGGCGCCAUGGGUCCUCUCCCACCGAUGCCGGGGGUGGGCGGUGCUCCUGAGAUGCGUCAUUCGUUUCUAGGAAACGACUCCAUGCUGGAUCUGCCCACUGGUCGGGGGGGCGACGCGCAAAUGCGCACGAUGAGCAUGGUACAGCCAAGCUCAGCUUCAUGGAUACAGCCCCUGCAACAUCCUGGCUUUGCCCCUUCGAUCAUGAUGCAGGGCGGUGGAUACGCUCCAUCAAUUGCCCCCUCAGAACGAAGCAAUAUUGGCCUUCCUGGCCGCUACCGUCCAGUCUCCCACGUUCCGGCACCACACGUUCCCGUGGCGCCAGGCCAUCUCCGGAAAUCGACCACCAUGUCGGGAGCAGUCACACAGCCCACAAUAUCGGUAACAAAGUCUGGAAGUGGCUCGGAUGAUGACGAUGAGGAGGGGUGGGCGGCGAUGAAGGCCACGCGCGAGAAAAAGAAGUCGAUGUGGAAGAGCAAGAAAUCGUCGUCGAUCGGUGGUGAUCUGGGUUCAUUUAUCAACUGAGUGCAUCUCCUGUCACAGAAAAGCAUUGUAUUUUCGGACCCUUCCCUA